AUGUGGAUAGCUCAACACCCAGGCGACAAGAAAGCAGGUACGUCCGACAAAGAAUAAAAGGAAAAAAAAAAGAAAAGUUAUGCCAAUUUACUAACUCUUUCCCAUCUCCAAAGUAAGCAGAAUCUUGCAACCAGAGAAAACUUACCGAGUAGGAAGGAGCCCCGAUGUCGAUAUCAUUUUCCAGUCGCGCAAGACAGCGAGAGAACUACUUGAAUUAAGGACAGGGCCACCCUCCCAACAGACGCUGGGGAAAACUGCAUUAAAUAUUUGCGUUUUAUCUCGAGCUAAAUGCAUCAUCAAUGGCGAAACCGUGAGGUUGAAAAAGGGGCAGCUGCCGAUUGACCUUGACUUGUCGCAUGAAUUCAAGAUUGUGCUUGAAGUUGAGCGCGAUAGCGAGCCUCAUGUUGUGGAUACGCCGUUGACCAUUGAGUGGGUGGAGUGUAAGUUGUACACGGAGAGCACCGAGAGCAAGAAGAAUGGGUUGGUUCAGGGGUUGAUUCAGCUCAAGGUCGAUGUUGCUGUAGUUGACGAGAUCAAUGAGGCUACACAUUUCCAUACUAGUGAGUCCAUGCCGGAUCUGAAUGACUUUAAAAAGGCAAUUGUGAGGGGGAUGCAUUUGGUGAAUGAUUCUUGGUUUGAAACCGCGCUUGAUGAGCCUAAUGACCCUAAAUGGGUGCUAGAAUGCGAUAAUGUUGAAUACAUGCCCAGUCACAAUCGCAAUUUUGCGCCUAAUAGAGGAAGAAGCGAUUUCUGCAAGAUGAGCAAGUUUCUAUCGUUUGAGAAGAUCGGCUGGCUAGACACUGUGAUUGUAGCAAAAAAUUCGGAACAAGACAUAAAAGUGAAAGCAGGCAACGAUGAAUUUAUUCUCGUGAAUUCCUCAGAUGUGUUUUCCUUAAAAGCAAUUGAUGAAGAUGAUCUUUUUCGAAAAAUCGUCGACGGUUCCUACGAGCUGAUACCUCGCAACAAGAUUCCAGAUUCAAAGAGACUUGGCGAGCCCGUUACUGGUCAUCGAAAACGACGCAAGUAUGAGAAAGUUGACAAGUUGCAUUUUUUCUCACUUGGCGAAUCGCCUCAUACUUCGCCAACCAAGGCAGCAGUAAGUUCUGCACCGCAAGGCUCAGAUGAGUCUCUGCAUGGUGGUGGUGGUGGUGGUGGCUCACAACCAACGUUACAUUUAUCGAAAGCAGUAGAAGCUCAGAAUGUUGAAGCUCCACAAGAACAUACAGAAACGGCAGAGACUCCAUCAUCAUUGACGACGACGACGACGCAUUCCAACCCUGAUCAGAAAUUUACCAGAAAAUUGCCUCCCGUUGAAACAGCAGCAAGCGAAACCAAGCAUGUUGAAACCCCCAAUCCACUUAAGCGCAAAAUUACUGAAUCUUUUACUGCUCACACACCGCCUAAAAUUGCCAAAUUUACACCAAAAGUAUCCUUUGCUGACGCCGUAGUCCAGGCUAAGGAAAGUUCACUAGAUUUCUGGAACAAAGAGUUUGGGAUCCCAGAGGUGAACAAAGACACCAAUGCAGAUUAUUCUUAUGGUGGUGGUGGUAACGGUGAUGGAGAUUAUAAUGCUGACAAUGCUGAAGUUUACAAAAACUUGUCGAAUUUGGUCAUCGUUGAAAUUGUCGAUGUUCCAUUACGCAAACGACCCUCGGCAGUUUUGCUGGACGCAUCGUCCACUACCAACACAACAACGAAAAAUUUCAAAAAUUUCAGAAAAUCGACUCCAAAGAGAGCAAGACAGCGAAUACCAAUGGUGAGCGGCGAGAUGCCCACCGUUGCAAACCAAAACGCAAGGAAAAUACACCGCACUACAAUUGAAGAUGAGCUUGGUGGUGCCAUGAGUGAAGUUAGAGGUGAUCACCUGCCGCUAUUUGUACGAGAUGACGAAGAUGAAGAUGAAGAAAAAAAUGAUGAUGAUGAAGCGGAUUCUAUUUUCCAGGAUAUGAGAAGGCGGAAUGGUCAUCGCCCUGGAACUGCUGUCAACCGAGGAGCGAAUGGUCAAACUGAUUCUCACCUCGAAGAUGACUACGACGAUGACGAUGACGAUGACGAUGACGACGAUCAACCGAAAUUUGGGUUCAGUCGAGCUUGA